ACUUUACAUACGACUUGACUCCAUUAUCUGUCUCUAUGUCUCCCUGUCUGAUAUUAUUCUUUCCGCUUUAUUUACCGAGGUUAAAUACAAAAAUAGAGGGCGUUUAUAACUUGUACUAUACUAUAAAAUAAGAAGUAUAUUAAUUGUAUCAUAACUAAAAGUAAAUGUAAAAACAAAAUUCUGAGAACUUGACAUUCUUUCGUCUGCACUCUAAAAAAGUUCCUUUCAACUCCUUUUUGAUAUAGAGAGGAUUUAUUUUACUUUUUGGAUGUUGGCUAUUGAAUUAUUCUGUCAGUUUCAAUGAAUGGAUUUAACAUUAUUACUUUAGAUAAACAUAUGACCCUAGACGUUACCCUAAUAAACCUUUUCCGCCUCGUUUAUGAUAACGGCGAAAUUAGUGGUAAAGUAGUGAAGAAGAAGAGUAGUAAUGUAUUCAUCAGUGGAAGAGGAUUCAUGCAAGUUACCUUCAACUUCAGGCGCUGCAUAUGCAAAAGCAUAUUUUUUGAAGUUUUCUCAAAUUGACUUGGAUACAGAAAAUGCAAAGAUUUUAUUUAAAAAGAGAGAUGGGAAGAGAUUACUUGAGGUAGCUAGGAGCUUAGAGACACUAAAUCAACAAACAAGAGAUAUGGCAUACCAAGAAGAACACAAGUUAGUUUGGACCAAAGAAUAUAUUAGGCUUCAAGAACAAGCUUUCAGAAUGGACCAAGAGAACUGGUGUAAAACUAUGUACAAGAAAGAAAUAUGGGCUGAAGAUGCCAUGGAAAUUCUUAGAAUGAUGAUGAAGUUUGAAGAAAGCAGAUCAGAUUUUAAAGAGAAAAUAGUAGAUCCAAUGUGGCUUUUGAGGGAAGACCUACAGGAUUGGCUUGACAGACAUGAACUGGAGAAGCCACUUCUGCCAUCUACUUAUAUGAGUCAUCAUCAGAUUCAAGAAAUACUCAGAACUGUUUGGUGUGAUUAUUUUAUCAUGAUUCAAAAACUAGACAAUGAGCUGGAGGAGAGUGAAAGAGAACUCCAGAAAGCAUCUACUAUAAUUCUGGAGGAACGUGGUCAUCAAUCUUCAAAAAGCAUACUAGAAAAGUAUGAGGAACUACCAUUUUUGUCUUCACCAGUACAUGAUAAACUUUUAAACCAGCUCCAUCAGCUUGACUUAAGAUAUAAAAUAAAGAUUGAAGAUUUGGGUGAAAAAUCAUUAAAAGAUGUCUGUUUAACAGACACAUGGAGAACAUCAGAGAAGUCAGUACUGUAUCAUAUCCUGGAACAGUAUCCAUCAGGGAUGUUAAACAAGUGGACCUUAUGCUCUGAUAGAUUGAAAAGAACAUUCCCAGAAAAAUCAACCAAAGACUUGGUAACACUGACACAACUGAGUGAGUCACAACAAUUGUAUACAAAACAGCGAAAUGCCAUUUUGAACAGUUGGUUACAAGAUAGAAAAAAAUGGCAGAAUAAAGCUGUUAAGGAGGUGUGUGAUGCUCAUAAUAAAUUUCUGGUCAGAAAGGCAUCAAAAGAAGCUCAGGUCUGUCAGAAAGCUGUAUGUGAUCAGUUGAGAAUAAAGUUAGAAAAAAUGAAGGAAGAAAAGAAAAUGGAAAAAUUAAAAGAAGAAGAAAAAGCAUCCAAGUACCAAGAAACUAUGAAAAAAGCUAACAAAAUGACUGCAAUGAAAGAGAAACAAAGAAGAGAAAUAGAGAAAGAAAUGCUUAAGAGUUAUUUUGAAGAAAAACUAAGAAUGCAAAAUGAGAACCAAGAAGAUCUUUGUAGGUUACUUCAAGAGAUGAAGGUUGUGAGAAAACAGCAGAUGAAAUAUAAUCGAAAGAGGUUUCCAAACAGAAAUAAGGAGACAUUGUUUGGAAAGCUCUAAAUCUAUCUUAUCAUCCUGUCUCCACUCAAAGGUUGAUUGUGCAGAGGGUCAACUGAUGAUAAUGCAGAAUGAAUGAUUGGAUGUGUAGAUGAUGAACUAGCACACAGAAAUGAGUUAUUCUUGAGCUUCUAUCAUAUAAGUUCACAGAAGAGUGCAAAUGGUCUGCUUGCCUAUGCCUAGCAAAUUAACAUAAAUGUACUAAUAAGUACAAAUUGCCAAGUUCUGACAACCAAGCCAUCAGUGAAAUCUGAAGAAAGUGAGGAGUUGACAGGUAUCAUUGAUGAUGAAGUGGAUUGGCAAAUGACAAUGAUAAAUCCCACUGUAUUUUAUCUUUUAUGACUGAUAUGAUUAUUUAAUUUUAUCUAUUAAUUUUAUAAGUUGAUAUAUUACUGUUGAUGUUGUGAACUUCAAAGGAUCUUUGAUACAUUAUUGGUUACAUAUGGUUUUGUCUGAUGCCAACUAUUUGGCAAUGACUGUUGAACACAAAUCUGAAUUAUAUUUUGGUGAUCUUUAAUGAAACAACUUUCUUGAAUAAAUAAUAUCAUAACAGUACAGUCAUAAAAGAAACUGCAUCAUUUAUUAUACAUUUAGUACAGUUUUUAUGAGGUUAUCAGUUACUUGCAUACUUUUAACACACAUUUGAUAUGUGAUAAAAUUUGAUAAUGUAAUAUUAUUUUAGAAAAGUAGCAUGUACAUGAUAUGAAAGAUAGCUCGUAUAAUUUUUGCAAUAAUAAUCCCAUUGAAAUUGGUUGGAAUUUGCAGGAAUCUUACAUUGAUAUUUUCACUGUGUGGUGUUUAACAUUCAGUCAUUUCAAAUGACAUACACAAUUAAUAAACACAGAUGUUGUUUUUGAGAUAUGGUUUUUUGUAACAAGAUAAUAAUGCAAGAUACUUAUUUGAAUGAGGUUUCGAAAUGAAAUCACUCAUAUAUGGUUACUGAUCAGUGUUUUCGAUGUUAUAUAUUAAAUACUGUUUUAUGAAUAUAAAUGGAGGUAUAUGAUAUUUUCUUACAGCGUAAUAAAUGAUACAGUUUGGCCAUAUUUCUUGUAGAGUAUGUGGUUGUAACACACUGACCCCCAAUGAAGACUAACAAACAGA